CUCAGCUUAAAUGCACAAAGUACCUUUCACCUACUUUUAACAUUUGAAACAUUACAGCUCGUCCCAAACUCCAAUAUACUUUAAAUGCCAACCUUAAGGACUCCGUAGAGUGGACUUUGCAUUGUGCUGACAUGCUGUUUUCUAGCAGCUCCCCGCACCCCGGCUCUACUCCCUGAGCCUAAUUACACAACGUCUGAACUCCAACAUGAUCCCAAAUAUGAACUGAUGUGAACACCCAUUCCAAGCCUGGGAGGAAACCAAAAUUCUCCUUUAAAUACUGGUUACUUUGUGAUUGUAGGAAAGAAGCAGUAGCAGAUAAGAUGGAUAGGAUUGUCACUGGGCAAAUAGUGCAAUGAAUGUGUGAAUCAUAGAAAACCACCUUUGCGGAACUGAACAUUGGUAUAAUGGGACGGUUUCAGAAUCCACUGUGGGUUGCACCCGGAUGCUGAUGGUGGCUACAGGAUGCAACAUUCAAAACAGAAGACUGUUCAUCAUAUAAUAAGCACAAGAUGUGCAACAGCAAAGCAGCUAUGGCAAAGGAGCCAGAUGUGAGUUUGAAGAACAAGGAGGAGAUACCAAGAAGGAAUCCCAACAUUGAUAGUGGCUGGGCAUGGAUGGUGGUUCUGUCUUCCUUCCUAGUCCAUCUACUGGUUAUGGGCUCACAGAUGGCUUUAGGAAUUCUCAACAUGGAAUGGUUAGAAGAAUUCAACCAAAGCAGAGGCCUAACAGCCUGGGUCAGUUCCCUCAAUAUGGGCAUCACUCUGAUUGUAGGUCCGUUUAUAGGAUUGUUCAUUAAUACAUGUGGAUGCCGUAAGACUGCAAUGAUUGGAGGGUUUCUGACGUCCCUCGGCUGGGUGCUGAGCGCUUAUGCUACUAACGUGCAUUUUCUGUUCUUUACGUUUGGAGUUACAGCUGGCAUUGGCAGUGGGAUGGUUUAUCUACCUGCAGUGGUCAUGGUGGGACAGUAUUUUCAGAAACACCGGGCUCUGGCACAAGGUCUGAGUACCACUGGGACCGGCUUUGGCACGUUCCUAAUGACGGUCCUGCUGAAGUACCUAUGUGCAGAGUUUGGCUGGAGAAGUGCAAUGAUUAUUCAAGGUGCAAUCACUCUCAACCUAUGCGUGUGUGGUGCUCUCAUGAGACCCCUGGACCAUGAGGAGAAGUAUAGUAGAGACUGUAAGGAGAAGACAAGUGGCCACAGAGAUAUCAAGGCACCCUCACUGCUAGAAAAUGACCCUGUCAAGGCAAAUGGUGUAUUGCAUGAGGAGGAGAGCGGUGAAAAAGUUGAUACCUUGUGGAACAAAGAGGACAUCAGAGAUGACAUUUUCAUUAAAGAUGUGGGCAGGCUGAGAAUGCUGAAGACCCUGACCCGAAUCACCAUCACCGUGAGAUCUGGCUUCUGGGCAUGGCACUCUAGCUAUUUUGGAACCGCCUCUCUUUUCACCAACAAAGUUUUUGUAGCUUUUGUCUUGUGGGCAUUGCUGGCCUACUGCAGUUUUGUAAUCCCCUUUAUUCACCUGCCAGAGAUUGUUGGGUUGUAUGGCCUGACAGAGUACAACAACAAUUUCCCCCUAACCUCCAUUAUAGCUAUUGUUCAUAUUUUCGGCAAGGUUUUCUUGGGUUUCCUUGGUGACCUGCCAUGCGUCAGUGCUUGGAAUGUCUUCAUUGCCUCAAAUUUUACCUUGGGCAUCUGCAUCCUCAUCCUGCCACUUAUGCAUGCGUAUGCCAGUCUUGCAAUAGUUUGUGCGCUUAUAGGGUUCUCUAGUGGAUACUUCUCUCUCAUGCCUGUUGUCACCGAAGAUUUAGUUGGAAUCAAGCAAUUGGCCAAUGCCUAUGGGAUCAUCAUUUGUGCCAAUGGGGUAUCAGCUCUUCUGGGACCUCCUUUUGCAGGUUGGAUUUACGACCUCACUCAGAAAUACGACUACUCGUUCUAUGUGUGUGGCUUGCUGUAUAUGUUAGGAAUUGUCUGCCUGCUCCUGGAACCCUGCCUGCGCUCAAAUAAAAAUUUGGAGACACCAACAGCAAACCCCAAAGCCUAAACAUGGAUUUAAUCACAUUAUUACUGCCAGAGGAUCCAUACUUUGUUGUUUUGACAUCGUCCAUUCAGAUGCUGGCUGUGUGUGUGUGCGUGUGUGUGUGUGUACGUGCUUACUUGGGUUGGUAUAGGAGGCGUACAACGUUUUUUUCAAAGGUUCAAGACAACUCCCCAAUGUUUGAAGUUGUUUCAUUUGACUUAAGUGUUAGCUUU